ACGCAUUUCAAUUUUUCUGUUUCAAAAUACGUUCGUUUUUCAUUCAGCCUAACAAUCUGUGUUAAUUUUGCAUCAAAUCGCUUUUCACAUUUAAAAUUUAGGAUACAACGAAGCAGUAAAUAUGUGUUAACAACAUUAAUUCGCACGAUGUCGAAGGCGGUUGUCAUACCUGGCAGCAAAGAUAUCGGAGGAAUGAGAGAGGAGCUGUCGAUAUCUCCCAGCGAAAAGAAAGAUGGUGCCAUAGGGCUCUUGAGCCGCUUUUUACGUUUCGAAUCCCUAAAGCGAUCGAGUCCAGUGAGUCCCACCAGCCUUGAACCUUCCGUCACGUACUAUGGCGUCUAUAUACCGUGCGAGAUCAAAAAGGGACCAGAUGAAGGCAGACGAUCGGCCUAUGGUCUACUUGAUCAAGCCCUGCAUGUAUACGAGAACAAGGCUGACGCUUUAGAACUAGUGAAGAGAUAUAAAUUAGCAAGAUUCAAAGCAUUCAGGAACCGACAGGAUGCUAUUUCAUUUGCACUACGGGGUGCCGAGCCUGUUGACACCACAGACGGGAAUGACAAUUCUCUUAUGGGAGAGAAGCCGUAUCCAUUCAAAGCGCCGUCCCCCCAGGACAUGGUGUCGCUACGGAAGGCCAUCGAAGCCGGACUGACCUGUACCGUGAGAGACAGGGUGUGGGACAACCCAAGGUUCUUAGUCAGCAGCGGGAACACACCAGCCAUAAUGCAGGAAGGAUCUCGUUACAACGCAUUGCACGUAGCGGCCAAGUCUAUGAAUGCUGAGAUCUGUAAUCUCAUACUGACGACCGUCGGGGACCCCGCCUUCGUGCAGAAGCUGUACGGAGGCGACGCGGACCCGGAAUCCUGCAAGGAAUUUGCGGGCAUCCUGGUGGAUCGAUACCUGAACACCCCGGACAAGGCCAUGAACGAGACCCCGCUUCACUUCGCCGCCAAGUUCGGUGCCGAGGAGGUGGUGGACGUGCUCACUUCCUUCCCGCAGUGCGACCUGUCCGCCGUCAACAAGUACGGAGAGCAAGCCAAAGAUAUAAUAUGCAAGCGAGCGUCGGGCAGGGUGGAGGAGCGCGCGGGGCGCAUGGCGACGUUGCUGCAGCAGCGCUACUACGUGCCCGUGCUGCACUGCGAGGACGGCAGCGCCGCGCCCGAGGUCGGCCGCCCCUUCACGCCCGCCGCGCCGCCGGACAUAAACCCGGACCCUCUGAGUCCGCGGUACGAGAUCCGCGCGUACGCCGGCCCCAUGCGGGCGGAGCGCGCCGCCAGCCUGCGCGUGCGCUGGAAGACUCCGCCCCGCGCCGCCUUCCGCCUGCACGACCUCGCCAAGGGACUCGAGACCGUGGGCAGAAACCUAGCUAACGAAAUGAAUGUGGAUUGGAAGGAAUAUUGGCCAUUUUUGGAAACCUUUACCGAUCUGAGGACUACAGAGGGACUGACACUCUUAGAGAACUAUUUGAAGGCCAAGUACGAGAGCGCGUGGUCGCUCGCGUACAGUGACAGUUGCGUAGAGUCGCGGCUGGAGGACUCCUCGGUGUCCAGGAUCGCGCUCAGCCUGUCCCACAACAGUCCCGUGGUCGAAACCAACCUCAGCCCCAUGUCGGAACUGUGCGACGCGAUGAGAACCUGCAAGAUAUCAAACGAGCGACCCUCGCAUUGGAACAGAACCGAUCCGGUCAAGCAACGGCUGUGUCGCCAGCCCCACAAGCUCGCCGCCAACGGGGAGUCAUCGCCCAUCGCCAACCACACCGUCAGCCGGCUCCUCUGCAUCGAGAGGACGUGCCAAGUGUUCGCCAAGAGGAUAGCGGACGCGCUGGCGCUCUCCCUCUCCCUCCGCUCUGAGGCGAAGCACCUGCAGCACACGAUUUCCACGUACAUGGACGACGAGCGUUUUCAGAAGAUCGACUUCGCUCUAAUCCACUCGCGCCUGGCGCAGCUCGUCGUCUCCAAGCUGAGGCAGCGGACGGAAGACGUCAGCACGUUACUAGAGUUUCUAGUGAAGCUGCGGUGUCCCAACGAGGACAUCUUCAGUUCAGACGAGGAGAGGCGGCCCGGCCACCGCGCUCGCCACAAGCUGUCCCAGGUCAUCGACGAGCACGUGCGCUGUCUGUCCAGCUUCGUGUGCGAGGAGCUGAACGAGGCCAAGGGCUGCAAGGGCCCCGCGGUCUCGGAGAGCGAGUGCUCGCUGCUGUGGGAGCACGCCUGCAAGUGCCUUUGCGAGUGGAAGGUGGAGCUGGACCGGAGCAGCAAGAGGAACUCGUCCUUCCGGAAGAAUCGCUCGACCCUGUCCACCAGUCCGAAGAGUGACAGCUUUAUAAGAAGAUUGAACUUUGACCAUGACAUCGGCGACGGUAAACUCCAGAACGUUGAAUUUGAGAAGCCGGUGUUGCUGAACUCUCCAGCCGGCGACGGCGGCCCCACCCUCGUCACCGUCCAGAUGGACAAGUGUCAAGUUGUCGAGGCUGAGUUAUCAGAAGAUGAAUCGAUAGCGUCGUGCAACUCUGAAGGGGAGGACGCGUACGUCACCGCCUCCGAGCACUCCGAGGCAGAGGAGGAAAUGUUCGAAGCACUAGACAGGGCUGCGGCCGAACCAUUCAUAUACGGCGAGGAGCCCAGCAAGGCGGACCGGCUGGUGUACGACGCGCUGGCGGACUGCCGCGUGUCUCCCGACGAGUACCCCUGCGUGUACCGCUGGCGCCACGCCGUCGGACUCUACGCGCCGCGCGACAGAAACAGUUGGCGAGAGCACGAGCAGCGCGCCGAGAGCCGCACGUUCGCCGCCCCCGCGCACUGCUCCACGCCGCGGGGCGGGCCGGGGGGCGGGGCGUGGGGCACGCAGGGGGGCGGGGCAUGGAGUACGCAGGGGGGCGGGGCGGGGGGCACGCCGGGGGCCGCCAGCCCCGACCGCACCAUCUCGCUGCAGGUGUCGCGGUGGCUGCGCGUGACGGGCCCGAACUCGCCGCGCUCGGCCCCCGCGGUGCGGUCCGCGGGCCACAACGUCAGCUUCGGCUUCUGAGUCGACGGGGGACAGACGCCGGACUUCAUUCAGGUCGGAUUAACUUAGAAAACCUUUUUCCAGUGAAUGGCGCGACGGUUUUAAUAAAUAUUCUAUCGAUACGCGUUUUAAAUUGACAUUAUUAUUGAUAUCGAUACCGAUACCGAUAAAUAAUACAAAACGCGUAUUAGAAAAAUAAUUGAAGUUAAACAGAAGUCGCAUCGCUGAGAGGUUUUCUAAAACUGAAACAAUUUAUCUUGUUGUGUAGCUGUGAUAUUGUAUUCAUAAAGAUACAUUAUAAUAGUUUGGAAAUUGAGUUUUUUUUUCUUCCGUUUUUUUUUUGUAACAGAAUUUGUUUCAGAAAUACACAAUAUAAAUCGAGGGGUGAAUGGCUCUAUUUGGUUUGAACGACAUUUAUCUUUGUAAUUAAAGGUGCUUUUUAUUUGCUACUAGCGACCCGCCCUCGCUUCGCUUCGGAAACAUUAAAUUUUAUUAUUGAUAGCCGAG